CUCUUGCUCGCCUAACUUCCCGUUCAACUACAGUAUCAAAACUGAAUCGAUCAUAUAUCCCUACCUAUACGUACAGAUAACUCUACGCCACUUCCCCUCUCUGUCUGUCCAACCACUCCCUCGACUUCUAAGCGUUGUGCAAAUAAGCAGCAGCCAUCUCCUGUUUCCCAUAGCGAACUUGCAUUUGCUACGAUACAAAACGUCACGAGCUAAAACACACUCUCUCUUCCGCACAUCAACAAUUACUCUCUACUCAAUCCACGAUAAUGGCUGCCGACCUCAUUAUGCCCACUCUUCCGGGCGACCAGCACUCACGCCAUUUCUUUCCCCAGCAGCGCCCUACGCAUCAACGGAAUCAGUCAUAUCAGAUCUCGGUUGGACCUCAAAUUUCACCCAUCAACACCAAUGAGUCCACCAGCCCCGACUCCAUCUCGUCAACUCCCACUUCUCCCAGAGCGCAUCAUGCACGACAGACUCGACCCAUGUAUAUGCCUGCAGCUCUGCGCCCUAACUUGUUUCCAUCCAAGACCAUUAAAAUGCCCAUUGAUGAUGCUGCUUCUACUUCCAGCACCGAGCCUGAUAGCGCCCUGAGACGUACCAACAGCAGCCUCAUCAACCUCCCCGGCAUGUCCGUCUUCGGCAACAAGCUAGCGCGUGUUUCAACCGGCGAUAGCACUCAGAGCAGCAUUGACGGCGAUUUCGAUCCCGAGAUGUUCCCCGAAGUCAAGGCUCAGCCUACUCGCAAGCACUGGAAGCCCGAUGCCGAAUCUACUGUCUGUGAUGACCCGACUUGCAAGCGGACUUUUAGCUAUUUCACUCGCCGUCACCACUGCCGAAAGUGCGGCCACAUUUUCUGCGACUCUCAUUCCACCUUUGCCGCUCCUCUCGAUCAUGAUGCCAAGUUCAAUCCUCGCGCUCCUCUUUUCCGAACCUGUCGCCACUGCUGUGAAGAGUUCAAGAGUUGGUAUACACGUAAUAGCAGCCGUGCUUCGAGUGCCGCCUCUUCGGAUGCGCCCAACCCUACCCCCUCAACUCCCAUCGGUACCGGUUUUGGAGACGCCUCCGAACUGCCUCGUGGCCCUGAACUUGCUGCCAGUGUGCCUAGGGAUUGGAACUGGAGCACUUUCUGAGCAAAACUCGACAGUCUUACUCGCUGCCGCCAGUAUCAAACAACUGCC